CAUAGUGCAUUCGAAAGUACAGAUGAUGGGCUAUCUAACUAUGUAUAAAUCUCCAAAAUGAUAUUUUUGACGAAAAUUGCUUUUUUUGACCCGGGGGGGGCCCUUAAGCCACAUUCGCAUGUACAUCUCAUUCUGAUCUGAAUACUUGAAAAUUUAAGCGGUGUAUAAGAAACCAAAGUCAGGAAAAGGUCUCAUUCAGUCAGAUCAGUGGCAAGAAGAAUCGUUCCUGAAAGGAAAACAUACUGCUUCUGUUUGCAUAAAUAGCAAAACGUAAAACGCAAACGGACUAUUCUCGAUGUUUCAAUUCUAAAAAAUAACCAUAAAGACAAUUGUAAAAGGCAAGAAGAACAAAAAAAAGAAAUGGAAAAAUCACUACAACGGCUCAAAUUCGAUCUCUUCACUAUCCGCCAUCAUGAAUUUGGAGACAAAGAUAGAAAGACGACUAACAACGACUAUUUGGAAGCUGAAACGUGUUGUAAUAAAGAAAAGUUCUUUUUCCCUCUGGAUGACGUAGAACGUAUGCCAAUAGAAUAUUUUUAAUGGAUAGUAGAUCUCGAUUCUAUACUUCAUUCUAGUCGAACUGUUUUUCGAAAAACUUUCCUUCGUUUUUAUUGUCUUAAAUUUAGCCUAUAAGAGUUAUUGAUCAAAGAUAAUAUUGUUGUUUGUUCGUUAAUUUAUAUAAUUUUUUCGAUUUGUAGGAUUCAUUAUUCGUUGAAUUUCCCCAUUUAUCUCGCGCUCAAGCAUUUGAACAAUCUUAUCUACUUGUCAAGGCCAUAAAUAAGUUAUAUCCCACACCAAUUAAACUUAAAUUUGAAAAAAUUUAUCAACCAUCUGUAUUAGAAUCCAAAAAACGUUAUGCUGGAAUGUCUUACGAGACAUUAGAACAAACUCAACCUAAAUUUGAUGCCAAAGGUAUUGAGACCAUUCGUCGUGAUACAUGUUCAGCUGUUUCAAAAAUGUUAGAACGUUCAUUGAAAUUAUUAUUUCGUACAAAAGAUGUGACAAGAGUUAAACAAUAUGUUCAAUUACAGUGUCAAAAAAUUUAUUCUCAUCGAGUAAAUUUAAUUGAUUUUGUAUUUGCUAAAGAAUAUCGUGGUAAAAAAUCAUAUCAUCCAACAGCGCCGGUGCCAGCACUUCGUAUUGCCUUGAAACGUUUAGCAAAAAAUCCAUUAUCCGAACCAAAUAUUGGCGAACGUGUACCAUUUAUAAUUGGUUUAAAUUUAGAACAACCAAAUGCAAAUUUAAUCGAUUGUAUAUGGACAUUAGAUAAAGCGUUAAUGAUUAAUUCAAAUUUUCAAUUAAAUUCCAAUUAUUAUGUGAGAAAACAAAUUUUACCUGCAUUAGAUCGAGCAUUUGCUCUAAUAGGCGUAGAUGUAUUCAAAUGGUUAGAAGAUAUUUCACAAACAGACACGAUAACAACAAUUGAACAACGACGUCUAGCUAUUAAACAGCAACAUGGUUUUAUGAGACGUUGUCAUCUGUGUUCAAAAUUAGCCACAACACCAUUGUGUGAUGAAUGUAGAAAAAAUUCAAAUCAAUCAUUAUUAACUGCUGAAAUAAAAGCAAAUGAAUUGGAACGACAACAUUCAUCUUUACAACGAAUAUGUUUAGCAUGUUCAGAUCAUAUGAAUGGAUGGUCGAAUUGUACAACAGGCGAUUGUCCAGUUCGAUAUAGAAUACUAAAACUAACACAACAAAUGAUACAAGCACAAGAAACAAGAACGAUUGUCAAUAAUUUCUGCACUGAUCAAACAAGUUAG